ACAUGGACUGCUAAUGUGUGUGUGCAGAGGCGAAAGUCGACUCUUGCAUUAUUCUUGUGCAGAAAUGAAGUGAAGGUUUUUUCUAACAGUUAACCCGUCGUCUCUAACGUGACCUGCUGUUCAGGUCGUUGCGACCGUGCUGUAAACACCUAAAGUUUCACUGAUUCUUUUAUACGCUCGUGCUGCUCUGCUGUGACCUGCCUGGAAAGCUGCAAAACUAGUUUCUUUUGUGUCCUCUGAGCUGCUCCCUCCACCGGAGAACAUCCCAUUAUACUCCCACUCCUAUCCUUUUACUGCACCUUUUUUUUUUUUUUUCUCUCUUGGUACUUCCACCUUGAACCGCGCGCCCCGGACCGUCCCGUACACCAGGAAGCUCGACGCACUCUCACUUUGAAGGGGAGGAGCCGGGAGUUCUUUCCUCUCCCUCCUCCAUUUAACUUGCCAGACACUUGCUCCAGACGGAAGGUGGAAGGUGUGGGAAGCGGUUUUGCGUUCGGAUUAAACAACUGAUGAGAACACGGGGAGAGUCCUGGAAACCCCCAGGAGGAGGAAACGGCUCGGCCCGACCUCGGGUUCUGUUUUGGACGGGGACGACUAGGAGUUUGUUUCUGUGAUGGCCUCUGACGGAGGAGAUUCAUCGUAACCUGAUCAUCACACAGGACUGACAGUGUCAACGCUAGAUUACGAUCACGCCAUGAAUUGUUUCUGGAGUUACAUCUGGGGCUUUUAUUUGAAGACUUCCUCGUGUGACAAAAGUUGAAUAUCCCACUGGAUUGUAUUUUUUUUUUUAUCUACGGUCCAACCUUCAGUCUUCACUGUUUCCUAAAACUCGAGGCUGCUCCUCAGGGUUCCCAGGAAUACUUUUUAAACUCUUUGGGACUGGAACUCAGCUCCUGUCAGUCAGACACCGAGCCAGUCCGCAGUCAUGGAGUCUGUGGCGGGCAGAAUGGCCAUGGCGACGGACUCCCCCAACCUGUCGCUGAGGUCGAGGACCACCACGGACGGGGACUCCUUCAUGAGCACGCCCAGCGUCAUCUGCAGCCACUUCCUCUCGGCCAACUGCGUCUACGUGGUGGAGAAAUGCAUGAGCUCCAUGCAGAUGGGGACCCAGAUGGUGAAGCUCCGCGGCGGCUCCAGAGGACUCGUGCGGUUCUUCUUUCUGGACGAACACAAGUCCUGCAUUCGCUGGAGACCCUCACGCAAGAACGAAAAGGCCAAGAUCUCCAUUGACUCGAUCCGGGAGGUGCGUGAGGGUAAACAGUCUGAGAUCUUCCAGCGUCAUGCAGAAGGCGGCUUUAACCCCAACUGCUGCUUCAGCCUGUACUACGGAGAACACAUGGAGUCCCUGGACCUGGUCACCGGCACAGGGGAGGAGGCACGGACCUGGAUCACAGGCCUCAAGUACCUGAUGGCGGGCAUCAGUGACGAGGACAGUCUGGCCAAGAGGCAACGCACACGGGACCAGUGGCUGAAGCAGACCUUCACCGAGGCUGAUAAGAACGGGGAUGGCAGCUUAAGCAUCAGCGAGGUCCUGCAGCUCCUGCACAAGCUUAAUGUCAACCUGCCCCGGCAAAAAGUCAAACAGAUGUUUAAGGAGGCAGACACGGAUGACAACCAGGGAACACUGGGCUUUGAAGAGUUCUGCUCCUUCUACAAGAUGAUGUCAACUCGCAGAGAUUUGUACCUCCUCAUGCUCACCUACAGCAACUAUAAAGACCACCUCGACAGGGACGACCUGGCCCGCUUCAUGGAGACGGAGCAAAAGAUGACCAAGGUGACCAAAGACUAUUGCCUGGACAUUAUCAACAAAUUUGAGCCGUGCUCUGAAAACCAGAAGCAGGGGGUUUUGGGAAUUGAUGGUUUUACAAAUUUCAUGCGCAGUCCAGCGGGAGACAUAUUCAACCCAGAACACUACAACGUGAACCAGGACAUGAACCAGCCGCUCUGCAACUACUUCAUCGCCUCGUCACACAACACCUACCUGAUGGGCGACCAGCUGAUGUCGCAGUCCAGGGUGGACAUGUACGCCUGGGUGCUGCAGGCCGGGUGUCGCUGUGUGGAAGUGGACUGCUGGGACGGACAGGACGGCGAGCCCAUCGUCCACCACGGCUACACCCUCACCUCCAAGAUCCUCUUCAAAGACGUCAUCGAGGCCAUCAACAAGUACGCCUUCGUUAAGAACGACUACCCAGUCAUCCUGUCCAUCGAGAACCACUGCAGCGUCCCUCAGCAAAAGAAGAUGGCCCAGUACCUGACCGAGAUCCUGGGCGACAAACUGGACGUGUCCAGCAUCAAAGCCGACGAGUCCGGGCAGCUGCCGUCGCCAGAAGCACUGAGGGGCAAGAUCCUUGUGAAGGGAAAGAAACUGCCUCCCAACAUCGACGAGAACGCGGAGGAGGGAGACGUGUCGGACGAGGACAGCGCCGACGAGAUGGAGGACGACUGCAAGCUGAUGAAUGGAGAUUGGAAGACCUCUAACAGGAAGCAGGUGGAGAACAUGGCCAAGAAAAAGCUGGACAACUUGAUGAAGGAGUCCAAGAUCCGUGACCGCGAGGACCCGGACAGCUUCACCAUCACAGCCCUCCCUCCUGCUGGGAAUCCCACCGGCAAAACUGGUAGCAAGGGUAAAAGUGAUGAUGGGACAGACACAGCAGACGAGGCUAAUCCCAACAGCAACAAGCGAACAGGCCGGUCCUUCAUGAGGAGCUUCUCCAAACGCAAGAAAAAGACGUCCAAAUUGAAGAAGACGUCAAGCUUUGAAGACACGGAUACAGACCAAGAGAGCACCAGUAGCGCCUCCCGUGCCCCUGUGCACCACAGCAAAAAGAAGAAGACCAUGAAACUGUCCAGAGCUCUGUCCGAUCUGGUGAAAUACACGCGUUCUGUGGGUCUGUACGACGUCGAGGCACAAGCAAGCUGCAGCUGGCAGGUGUCGUCACUGAGUGAGACCAAAGCCCACCAGGUGAUGCAGCAGAAAGCUACAUCCUUCAUUCACUUUAACCAGCGGCAGCUCUCCCGCAUCUAUCCUUCCUCCUACCGCGUGGACUCCUCCAACUUCAACCCCCAGCCCUUCUGGAACGCUGGGUGCCAACUCGUUGCACUCAACUACCAGUCUGAAGGCCGGGUCCUCCAGCUCAACCGAGCCAAAUUCUACAGCAAUGGCAACUGCGGCUACAUCCUCAAACCAGUCUGCAUGUGUGAAGGUGCCUUUAACCCAAACCUGGAGGACCCUCGGCCUGGAGAGAUGAAGAAACAGCUGGUAUUAAAGAUCAUCAGUGGACAACAGCUUCCCAAACCCAAAGACUCCAUGCUUGGAGACAGAGGAGAGAUCAUAGAUCCCUUCGUGGAGGUGGAGAUCAUCGGGCUCCCAGUGGACUGCUGCAAAGAGCAGACCAGGGUGGUGGACGACAACGGGUUCAACCCCAUGUGGGAGGAGACUCUGGUCUUCACAGUCAACAUGCCAGAGCUGGCCCUGAUACGUUUCCUCGUGUGGGAUCAUGACCCCAUCGGUCAGGACUUCAUCGGCCAGCGAACCAUCGCAUUUAACAGCAUGAUGCCAGGUUAUCGUCAUGUGUACUUGGAAGGUAUGGAGGAGGCUUCUAUCUUUGUUCAUGUGGCUGUGAAUGACAUCACUGGUAAGGCCAGAGCAGCCAGCGGCAUAAAAGGGCUGUUCCACAGAAACCCAAAGCAGGCUUCCCUGGACAGCCAUGCUGCUGUACCCCACAACCGUAAGCACCCGUUUGGUGCCCACCUCCUGCGUCGCACUGCCAGCGCACCCACCAAAGGUCAGCCCAAACUCAAGAAGGGCUUCCCAGAGAUCGCCAUCGACACCAAAGACUGUAGCUCAGAGGGCGCUAGUGAGGAACAAGAGUCUGAGGACAGGUGCAAGACCUCUGCAGCUGCCUCCCAUCAGUUCACACCACCACAACAUCGCAAUUCAGUGGGAUGUCACCAAACCAAGGGCCCCAAGGACAGCCCUGACACCAAUGGGGCUUUUCACCCUGAGGAGGGUAAAGACUGUUCUCCAGUGCAGAGACCUGCUGCCCCUCUGCCGUUUUUUGCACUAAAGUUAGAAGACACCAGGAGCGUCAUGCGCUCGAACUCAACUCCAGAAGAAAGCCCGUCUUUACGUCACUGCUCUUCUACACCACCACACCCGUCAUCCACAGCAAUAAAUGCAGACUCCCCAUUGUCUGUUUCUUCAAAUGGGUUGGUACAAAGUCCUGUCAAAGCAAGUGGAGACCCUAAGAAACAUUUUACCCUUACAAGAACUACGCCGACCCCCCAGUCAACCCCUGCUGAUAAGACUGGACUAUCACAGCACUGUCAAGACCCGCAAACCAACAGCAUCACUAAGUCAUCUGUGGGCAACACACCAAACCAGAAGAAAGGCCAAGUACCUAUCAUACUAAAGAAAAGUGAUCCAGCAGUGUCCACUGGAACCCCUGCAGUCCAGACAACCCAGAUCAGGAGAGCCCUUUUCAAUAAUUUGCCAUCACACGCACCAGUAAGGAGAGCAAAAAGUGAGGGCUAUGUUCGUGCGAAUGCAGCCAUGGCUGGGCAGGCUCAGUCAGCAGUACCAGAGGUCACCACGGAUGCAACCAUGAACGACCGUCUUUGGAGCAAGCUGGACCCGGGCAGUCACAGAGAUAGCAUGUCUUCCUCUUCUAGCAUCUCCUCAAGCGACACUGUCAUUGAUCUCUCUCUGCCUAACUUGUCCAUAAAGGGCCUCGCCAGCCUGCCUGCAGUCAGCAGUACCUGUAAUCCUCCCUGGGUCGCCCGCCAUCGCUUGCCGGUAGUCUCCUAUGAUACUCUGCGAAUUGUCAAGAGCAAAUCAAACCCCAAUCUUCAACAAAGUGAAUCCCCCAAAGAUGAGCUCGAUCCCCAUCCACAGCAGCCAGCCCAGGAAUCUUUUGUGGACUCCCCCAACAGAUUGACUCAAAGGAGGCACACCUGGAGUCGGCUUUACAUGGAAGGACUCAAGGAGUCAUCAAACAGAAGACAAUCCACGGCAGCUAAAAACCCAACGCCUACAACUUCUGUCUCCAAAAGUCUUGGGGAUCUGACGUCUGAUGAUAUUUGCUGCAACUUUGACAGCAAGUACCGCAGCAUCAGCCGCAGCUUCAUCGUUAGGCCAACCAGAGACCAGCUUCGUAGAGGUUUCCUGCAGAGGUCACAGCCACCGAGCAACCUGACAGAGCAGCUACGGAAGUUGACUGACGUGGAGCCUCUCACCGCUAGCGACUUUGAACCACAAAACCGGCCCGGAGAGUCACAGGAGCAGGACGAGACCAUGGUGCGAAGGACCUCUUCAAGGAGUCAAAGUAGAGUGCGUUACAUUGCAAACAGGGCAAAGAAGGCCCAGGAAAGGCAGAGGCUCCAGGGUCUGGCCCAGGGUAGAAAUGCAAGCUUCAGCAUGGGUAGUGGAAGCAGUGCUAGCCCCAUUGAGGAGCGGGGGAACCCUGAAGGUGCAUGUUGUGUGGCCCGGAGUCCCUGCAGCAGCCCAGACCUGUUGAGUCAGCUCACACCCCUUGAAUCCCCCUCCCCUAUCCAGUCCCAGUUCUACCCAGACCCUGAAAACAGUGGAGUCUUUUUCAAGAUCAAACUUUAAGACUUUACUGACUUGGAACUGAGAGUUAAGAGACACAGCUAGAAAAUAAAGGCCAUUCCCCCCCCCUCAAAAAAAUAAAUGGUCAUAUGCAUAUCUUGCAGAAUAUCUCAUACAAAAGUGAUACACAAUAUAUUUAUCCACAUUUAUUUGUUUUGCAGUCAGGUGUUGACAUCCUUUUACAUUGACACCAAUACAAAACUCUCACAAUGUAACAAUGAACCAACAAUUCUUCUUAAUGAGAUUGUGCUCAACCUUUUUAUUUUAUUUUAUUUUAUUUUUUUUAAACCUGUGCAAUCACAAAGCACUGUCCUGAGGCAAUUCUUCUAAAGCAACGAUGUGUCAUUUGCUUGCACCGAAUGUUAGAUAAUGGCCAGAAUGUAUUUAGUAAGAAAUACAUUUUUUUGUUUUAGUUUUUAUAUGUUGUUCAUGUCUUCUACUCUCAUGGCGUUUGAGUAUGUUUUGUAACGUUACACGAGCAUCCAGUAGCAAUAGAGCACAACUAGAGGAUAGGAUUUAUACGAUCCACUGUUUUUAUUAACUUCAACUGUAACAAUAUACUUUUAACUGUGUUGAAUUUUAGAUAUUUUAUGUCAAGACGGCAUCAGUCCAUCCAUCCACUAGCAAUAUUUUGAAAACGAUGGCAUGGUAUUAUAUUGAAUAUAUAUAUAUAUGUACAGUAUGUAUGACGCUAUAAGCCGAGUCUCAUGUCUUUGCUGAAAAAAUGGAAAGAAACGAUUCCUACAAUGCCAGAUCGAAGGUCUUAAAUUUAAGUAUUCUGUGUUGAAUGGUUGUAAUUUGAUCAGAGCCGCUAAUAUUUUGCUAACUUACCUUUAGCAUGUCACAGCACUGGAAACCUGUUCUUGAUAUCGGUGGUAGACUGCUACCGAGAUUAGCCCUUACGUUGACUGCAUGUUCUUUUUUAUGCGUUGUAGUGUUAAUCCUAAGGCUGUGCUUUAUUUUACAAAGACUAAACAUUUGUUACUGUUCACCACUUUGUUUUUUUUUUUGAUUACUACAUGGGGGGGUCAAAAGAGCAUCAUGUUUGAAACCCUGUCUUCUCAUCGGCCUGUGAUACUAAAGCAAGAUGGAAAUGAUCUGUACUGAAGCAUGUUUAUUUGUACUCUUUUCGUUGCCCUGCCAUGCCAGACUUUUAGGGAUGAUAUUUGAUUCAAACAGUGUGUACGUAUGACCUGAAUAAAUCUUAAAUUAAUAUUA